AUGGUUAAGUUAAUGAUAACAGAUGCCCACAACCGUCUCAAAAAAUACGAAAGAGUAUAUAGAGGAAAACCGAACGAAUUAAAGACAUCGUCAACUGACUCCACCAUGGUUGUUGGUCUGUUUGCCGAGCUUGACAGUUGGAUUGCAAACGUUUCAUCACCAAUCGAGGUGACAUCGUCAGUGCGGGGUUGA